AUGGAAGAUUGCUCCUGGACAAGAUCGUACGACUCGUAUCAAUUGCAGCCCCAGCGAGAUCUUCCCACGUUACCUCACUCGUCAUGGCCUUCUGCGAGAGACAACCCCCACUUCUUUGGUGGUUAUGUCAUGGAUUCCACCGCAACUGUCGAAUCCAGUCACAUGCAGAAUAACGACUCCCAAUAUUUUGAAUCUGGUGCAACCGAGGAUCCCAUAUAUCAGUCCAACGUCACCAGCCCACCUAUACCCUCACUGCCUGAUGGGGAUUACAACCGUCGUGGGCGACAGCAAUUGGCUGUUGUUUCUCAUCCCAACUCGAGAGCGCGCUCCGUUCAGCCACCCAGAACGUUCAAUCGACCUUCCAGACCAAGAUCGACAACCACAGUCGUUAGCGCCACGGGCAGUUCCAAUGUCUUGCCUAUGCAAUUCGUCCCGUUCUGGGAUUCUCACUUCCUUUCGCAACCCUCGUCCACAAUGGACUACCACUAUUCUCAAUCCUCUCCUAAUUUUUCAAUCCCAAUCUUAUCUAAUGGCGAUGGACGCGUUGAUCGUAUGAUACCACCGCAGGAGGAUUUGUGUUUUACGCAGAACAUUGGUGUCGCUUUACAGCCUUUGUCCGCCAUGCCCGAUCAGUAUUCUCAAUCUUAUCCUACUGGUGCAAUUUCAACAUCACCCAUUCGCGCUAGUCGUAUGACACCAUGGCCAGAGGGCACAGAUUUUACGCAGACCAAUGGAAGUGAUUCUGCUGUCACACAUAUGGCCCACCCGGAAGCGACACACUUCCCUCCCGGACAGCGGCCAAAGAUAGCUACUGAAGCAGUCAAGAAAGCAUCUGAGCGGCGCAGGAGACACGCAGCCAAGUUCAAUUGCGAGUGGCCAGGAUGUGUUAGCGAUUUCACCACGAAGCACAACCUCCAGAAUCAUCUCAAUUCACACCUUGGCAUCCGAAAUUAUCAGUGCGAUGUCUGCAAGCGCACUUUCGGCGUCGCGCACGUCCUCACCCGACAUCGCAAAAAGUGUCGUGCCACUGACAGCAACUGA